CGGCCCGGGACGUGGGUGAGCGGCGUGCGCGCGCGCUCUCCGUCUUCGCCCGGCAUCCCCGUCCCCGCUGCGGGUCAGCCCCGUCGGGACCAACUGUGGCCAGUCCCCAGCUGUUCUGUGUGUUUGGGAGAGGGCCCGAGUCAUGGCUAGGUGAUGUUCAGGACCAGAGAAGUCUCCUGGACCAUCACCCCGGAAAAAACCAAAUGGGUUACCUGGAAGAAAUGGAUGUGCAGGUUCCUGCCAGGGAGAGUGGAGAGUGCCCACCACCUCACAAGAAAGCCUGCCUUACCCACCUUGGGCCGGAGACUGGCAACAUCGAGGGAGACUGGACGGGAAGAAGCAAGAGACCUCCGAAGCCCCGCUCCAUCCAGAAGUCAUGGUUUGCACAAUUUCCUUGGUUGACCAUGAACAAGGAACAGACGGCUCUGUUUUGUUCUGUCUGCCGUGAGUGCCCGUCUGUCAAGGACAGACGGUCCAGGUUAAUAAAUGGCUACAUGGGACCAUUCAAGGUGGAGACUCUCAAGUACCAUGCCAAGAGCAAAGCCCAUGUGCUCUGUGCCAGUGCCUUGGUCGCCAGGGAUCCCAUCUGGGCAGCCCGUCUCCAGAGUAUCAAGGAGAGGUCUGCAGAUGUCCAGGCCAUCCCCAAGCACCUCUUCACUGCAGGCUGUCCUGUGUCCAACCCCCCGGGGCCGCUGGGAAACCUCAGUAGCACUGCCCAGCUCCUGUCAAGCCCAGGAGCCGAACUGAAGGGCCUUGGGGGCAGUGGAAACAGGCCUGCACUGGAUGCAGACUGCAUGUCAGACCUGAGGCAAAAAGGUGUCGCUGGUGACAUCCACAGUCCCUCAAACAGCAGCGCGCUAGGCAAGGACACCGGUGAGCUUUGCAGUCAGGAGCCUCCUGACGAGGGGCUGCUGGAGGACGCCGGGAUGUUGGGGGCACUCCCCGCAUUUGAGGAUGUGGCAGUGUUCUUUGCCCCGGAGGAGUGGGGCCUGCUGGACAAGCGACAGAAGGAGCUGUACAGGGAUGUGAUGCGGAUGAACUACGACCUAUUGGCUUCCCUCGGACCUGAUGCUGCCAAGCCAGACUUGAUCUCAAAGCUGGAGCAGAGGGCAUCUCCCUGGACUAAGGUUCCCAGUGGGCUCAAGAGAAGGAGACGUCACCUCCCAGGGAAACAGAAGAUGGUGGCGGUAAGAGAGGCCGACACCCAGGCCCAGGCCCCGGCUGCAGCAUCCGCACCAGUUCCAGCGCCUGUGAAGACCCUCACCUCCUUCUUCCUCCCCAGCACGUGCGAGGCAGAAGCAGGCGGACCUACGAAGGUCAAGAGGACUUACAGACCCCGUUCCAUUCAGAGGUCAUGGUUUGGCCAGUUCCCCUGGCUGGUGAUUGACUCUAAAGAGACGAAGCUCUUCUGCUCAGUUUGCAAAGAAAGGCCGACUCUCCACGACAGAUCCUCCCGGUUAGUCCGGGGUUACGCUGGGCCUUUUAAAGUGGAGACGUUAAAAUACCACGAAGUCAGCAAGGCGCACAAGCUGUGCGUCAACACGGUGCAGGUGAAAGACGACAGCCCUCAGGCCGCCCUCCUCCCCGAGCUCUCCAGUGACCUCAUGGCCAACAUGGAGCACUUCUUCAAGGCUGCCUACUCCAUCGCCUUCCACUCCAGGCCCCUGAAUGACUUCGCGAAGGUCCUGCAGCGCCUCCAGAACGCUGGGACCGCCAUAUCCGGCAAGUACCGAAAUCGCACCGCGUGCACUCAGUUCAUCAAGCACAUCUCCGAGACUCUGAGGGAGGAGAUUCUCGGCGACAUCCGGGACUCCCCCUGUGUGAGCGUGAUGUUGGACAGCUGCACCGACUCCUCCGAGCAGGCCUGCGUGGGGAUAUACAUGCGCUACUUCAAGCAGACGGAGACGAAGGAGUCCUUUGUCACUCUGGCCCCGCUCCCCAGCCAGACAGUGGACGGGUACUUUGAGACCAUCGUUGCUGCUCUGGAUGAGCUGGACAUCCCUUUCCGGAAGCCUGGCUGGGUGGUGGGCCUGGCGACCGAUGGCUCUGCCAUGUUGAGCAGGAAAGGAGGCCUCGUGGAAAAGCUCCGGGAGGUCAUCCCCCAGCUGCUGCCUGUCCACUGUGUGGCCCACCGGCUGCACCUGGCUGUGGUGGGUGCCUGUGGGAGCAUCGACCUGGUGAGGAAGUGUGAUCGGCAUAUCCGAACCACCUUCAAGUUCUACCAGUCCUCCAACAAGAGGCUGAGUGCGCUGCAGGAUGGCGCGGCCCCCCUGGAGCAGGAAAUGAUCCGCCUCAAGGACUUAAACGCCAUCAGGUGGGUGGCCAGCAAGAGGCGCACGCUGAACGCUCUCAUUGGGGGCUGGCCUGCCCUGGUGAGGCACCUCCAGAGCGUGGUGGAAGCUGGGGGCCAGGCGGGGCACAGGGCCAAGGGCUUGCUGAAGCUCAUGAAGGGCUUCCAUUUCAUCAAGUUCUGCCACUUCCUUUUGGACUUCCUGAGCAUCUGCAGGCCUUUGUCUGAGGUGUGCCAGAAGGAGUUCGUGCUGGUCACAGAGGUGACCUCCACCCUGGGAUGUGCCUAUGUGGCGCUGGAGAGCCUCCGCCAGCAGGCGGGGCCUAAAGAAGAGGAGUUCAACGCCAGCUUCCGUGACGGGCGGCUCCAUGGCAUCCUCUUGGACAGGGUGGAGACGGCAGAGCAGGGGUUCCAGGCAGACAGGGAGAAAACGAUCCUGACUGGAGUCGAGUAUCUCCGGCAGAGGUUUGACACAGACCGAGCCCCACAGCUCAAGCACAUGGAAGCGUUUGACACCACAGCCUGGCCACGCGGGGCUGCACUGGCCCACUUUGGAAAUGACGACAUUCUCAGCCUUGCCAAGUAUUUUGAACUCUCCCUCCCUGCCGGGUACAGUGAGGAGGUGCUGCUGGAGGAGUGGCUGAGCCUGAAAGCCGUGGCCCAGAACCUUCCAUUCCCCAUGCUUUGUAAGGCCGCCCUGGCCCAGCGUCGCCACUUCCCCUUGCUGAGCAAGCUCCUGGCUGUGGUGGUCUGUGUGCCCAUUUCCACUUUGUGCUGUCAGCGGGGGUUCAAGGUCAUGAACCGGAUUAAGACGGAUGAGAGGACCAAGCUUUCAAGUGAGGUGCUCAACAUGCUCAUGAUGACGGCAGUGAACGGUGUGGCGGUCACAGAGUACGACCCCCAGCCCGCCAUCCAGCACUGGUACUUGACCUCCUCAGGCCGACGCUUCAGCCACAUCUAUGCCCGCACCCAGGUGCCAGCCCGCUCCCAUGCCCGUUCAGGACUCAGGAAGGAGGGAAUGGGAGUGCCCCACCUGAAGGAAUCUGUGGCCAGAAGCCGGCCAUCUUGUCCUCCAAAGAGCUGUGGAGGUUCUGAAAAGAUCAUAUCGUGAAGACUCUUGGACCUGAGUGGUGGCUUGGAUAAGGUCUUGGGGACUCCAUGCAGCCCUGUCACUACGAUCACGAGGACUGGCUCUCUGCAGAUUCUAGGCUGUGUUGGUGGAACACUUCCACAGGACCAAGACCCGCUAAGCACAGUGGUGCCUCACAGGGCAAAAAUGAGCUGGAAAGUUUCUCACCUUAAGGCCACUUUUGCCAGGCGUGGUGGCACAUGCCUUUAGUCCCAGCACUCAGGAGGCAGAGGUAGGAGGAUCUCCAUGUGUUCAAGGCCAGCCUGAGACAACAUAGUGAAUUCCAGGUCAGCCUGGGCUUACAGCAAGAUCCUACCUUGAAAAAAAAAAAAAAAGGAUUUUGAGAUAUUCCAAGAAAUACUAUCAUGAGAGCGUUCACUCCCCCACAUGUAUUCUGGUGACAGGAGAACUUUCCUGAAGUGGGAAAGACCACUAGAAGUGGGGUCUGAACAGAACCCCCUCAUUCUCUGCUUCCUUGGCAACGGUCUGGGAAGGUGGCCUACAAGAAAGGUCACCCCAUUAAUGGUGGCUUGCCAUGCCCUAGGGACCCUGGCCUGCCUACAGGCGCGCCAGGACUGGCUGUUCUGUAGUGCUGCCCUGGCUCCUGCCGUCGAAGCACGGAGACCUCCGGGCCUGCCUUUAGCAUGAAACGGACCGCAGCACUUUCUUUGCAAAGAGCAGCUGAGACGGUGAGGCGUGCUUGCCCGAAGGGAGCCUGGUACACGUCUCUGGAACCCUUGGAUUGGCUCCCAUUGUGCCUGGCACAGUUUCCUGAGGACAUGGGAACAAGUUGAGAGUUGGAAGGCUUGGAAUCCAGCCAGCUAGGCUGCAGACAGUGACGGCCUGUGAUCAACCCCUUCCUCCUGUCAGUGCUUCAUUUCCUCUUCACGCAAGGGCAGCAGAGGACCGCUCACUCCACCUGCCACGGCCGGAGUGAAUGUGACUCUCAAUCCUGUAGUUUCUCAAGGGCUCUUAGCUGCACCUGCCCCUCCCUCAUCCUAAGUAAUACAGCCAUGGGUUGCCACUAGGGUCCGCCUGCUCUCCACACACACCAGCCUGAGAACAGGCAUCCACUCUUCUGCAGGUUGCCCUAGGAACUGCUUAGAGCCAACCAGGCAUAUGCCCCACCCUGGACACAUUUCCCAGACUAGACCCCGUGGCUGGGGUUUCUCAUAAGAACCCCCCCCACACACACACAUACCCCAGGAGCUUAGUGGGCAUUCAAUAGCUUAAAAGCCCCUCCCACCCCUAAAAAGGCCUCUAACACUCCCCAGCACCUCCCCCAUUUUCCCUUCAACGGGAAGUGGGGCACAGAAGAGGCAGCCAGGUCUUGGCUGGCUUGGAGGCUGCUUGUCUCACGGGUGCUUUGUGCCUUCCCUAGCCCCGGCCGGCCGGGAAAUGACUGCCGAGGAGGGGCUUCCCGCGGCACCUCCUGCUCACGCUAAAUGCGCAGGCGCGCUGCUUGCUGCCCAUCUGCAGGGCCCGGCUAGUCUGGCUGGCCAGUGACUCCCAGGAGCUACCUGCCUCUACCUCCUCAGCACUGUGAUUACAAGUGGGUGCCACCCUGCCCGGCUUUUAAAAUGUGGAUUCUGGGGCUCAAACUCGGGUCCUCCUGCUUGGAAGGCAAGCACUUUACUGCUUUCUCCCCAGCCCUCUUUACCUGUAACCAAGACGGCUUCUUGUACGGGCCGCGGCACUGUUUCUCCCCUUUCCAGGUGACUUGUGCCUUCUGGGGCCGCCGCUCCAAGCCACCAGCGUUGUACCCAGCACUUUGAUUUCAGCAGCCACAGACUGGAGGCGGGGGUGUGGGGGAGGAGGGUGGUCAGCCUCCAUCCAUCCAGACACCACAGGUUGUAGCACACUCUAGACAUUGGCUUUUCUGACCCACACAGGGCAUGUCCCUAGGGUGCUAAGUGCGGUCAGAACAGGAUGGAGAUCACUGGUUCUCUCACACCGGUGUCUACCUGGUCAAGAGCAUCAGGGUGACAGGCCAGGGAUUUCUCCUGGUUUCACGGAUAUGCAAAUGGGAUUUUAAAAACCAUGUUCAAUUCUUAACUUUUUGCUAUCUGAAUAAAGCAGAAUUUAUUUUGA